AUGGCGAAGAAGGUCAUUGCGGCAUUACAGGUCGGUUCGAGCCCCGAUGGGACGGAAGCCACGCUGAGAAAUAUUCUCUCUUACGAAGCCGAAAUCAUAAGAUCCGGGGCGAGCCUGGUAGUCAUCCCGGAGGCAACCCUAGGAGGGUAUCCUAAAGGCUCCAACUUUGACACUUAUCUCGGAUAUAGACUGCAGUCUGGAAAAGAAGAGUUUCGCAGGUAUUUUCAACAAGCCAUCGAAGUGGGCAGUGGGGAUACUUAUCCAGAGGUGGCCCAGCUCUGUAAGCUGUCUAAAAACACUGGUGCUUCGAUUGUAUGCGGAUGCAUUGAGCGCGAUAGGACAACUCUGUAUUGUUCAAUGCUUUAUAUCGACCCUAUCCAAGGACUGGUUGGGAAACACCGCAAGCUCAUGCCCACCGCCAGCGAACGAUUGGUUUGGGGCCAGGGUGACGGCUCUACGCUCCCCGUAGUGGACUCGGCCGUAGGCAAGCUAGGGGGUGCAAUCUGCUGGGAAAACAUGAUGCCUCUGAUGAGAUACGCUAUGUAUGCAAAAGGAGUUGAGGUGUGGUGCGCGCCAACGGUGGACCAACGUCCCAUUUGGAGGACCAUCAUGCAAAAUAUCGGAUACGAGGGUCGCCUCUUCGUCGUAAGUGCAGUGCAGUUCAUGCCCAAUGCUACCGUCAUGGGGCUUGGUGAGGUUAUCGACGAACAGGGAACACGUAGGCUGCCUGGCGCACCCGGAGAUGGUCAGGAAAACUUAAUUAAUGGUGGAAGCGUUAUAGUUGACCCCUACGGUGAGAUUAUUGCCGGUCCCUUGUUGGGCAAAGAGGGUCUUGUCACGGCCGAAAUUGAUACAAAUUUGAUCAUCGAAUCUCGGUUCGAUUUCGAUCCCACGGGCCACUACUCAAGAGGCGACGUAUUUCAGCUAACAGUUAACGAGAAAAGCCGCGAAACGGUCUUUGAAUAG